AUGGAUCAAGGAAUGGAUGAAUCGAUUCCCUUACUCCAUGCCUAUCUUCCAGAUAUACAAAAUACGAUUUGUGAAGAGUUUCAAAAUGCCGAAUGCAGUGUGGAAGUGUCACCCGAACUCACCGAACCGCCAUUUAAUUUUGCAUUCCAUGCAUUAGGCAAAAAAAUUCAUUUGCUACCGUCAGGCUCUAUGAUACCGAAGGAUUUUCAUCAAAUUUCUGUCAUAUCGGAAGGGAUGGUUGUCACAGAUGGACUUGCCAGUGAAUAUUUACAUUUGGUUCUUGAAGGUGGUGACGAUUGGAGGACACCGUUACAAAAAGUUUUCAACAAGAAACUUGGUAUUAAUUGGUGUUUUCUAGUUAUGGAACUGCAAUCGGAUACCAUUCACUUUUAUACAUUGCAUGCGCAAACGAAACCAAUCAAAAAUUAUGCGGAAUGUACCACUUUGUGGUUAAGUGAACUAGAGCAAAUAUCAACAUCGCAAGCAUUAUCAAAACCGAAAACAAACAAAAAAAUUGUUAAGAAAUCAAUGGUGGAAAAAAAUGCUAUUGAUACAGAAGUUAAUGGAAAAAUAAGUGCAACGAAGACGAUCAAAAAUGGUAACGGACAAAAAAUUGUUCGUAAGAAACUUGCUGCAGCAAUAUUAGCAAUAUCACCAACAACGAUUCCAGUUACGGACGAUACUACGAAAACCGGAAAUGAUAGUUCUGUUAAUAGUAAGAAAACGGUAACUUCGAAGGCACGAAAUUCAUUAACGAACAAUAUGAAUGGUGAGAAUUAUAUAAAUGGUGAUGGUUCUGCUGAUUCAGGAAUUUCGCUUGUUGAUUCAGAUACCGAAAAAUCAUCAAAAUGUACAAAAGGGACUGCAUUGGCUGAACACGAACGCAUUAUUCCAUCAAUGGUGAAACAAACCGAAUCAAUGAAUGGUGCUGAAUUUGCGAUACCGAUUCGGACGUCUAAAACAAACCUAGAAACGACUAAUAAUGAUGAUAUGGAUAAUUAUGAUAACGCUACUAUCAGUAUUAUAUCUGCCAUAGGUAACAUACCAAUAUAUCACAGCGAUCUGCCUCCAUCAUUCACAAUGCGUCGCAAUAACAUCAAAUAUGAAAUGAAUAAAAAAGUUGGAAGAAUUGUGGAAGAAGAAGAGAAAGAAAAAUCAGAAGAUUUGGAUAGAUGUGAUGGUGUAGAAUUAACUAAUGAUCAUAGUGUGCCAGAUCGUUACAUAAAUGGACGUGAUCCGUUGAUUCCAGUGAGACGAUCUACCCCAACAUACAUCAAUUCAAAAAUUUCUAGGAGCUUCUUGUCUAAUGGUUCCGAUAGUCUACAGAGGAUUUCUUCUCGGGAUGAUAUUUCAAUAAUACGAAGGUUUGCCGAUCAAGAAAUACCACCAGUACAAGUACUUCAGUUGGUUCUCAAAAACUUUUCCUAUAAAGAGUUAGGCGAAUUAAGACAAGUUCAUCCACAUUGGGAUGAGCUAUGUGGACAGGCAUUAAAUAGUGGUUACCAUGAACUAAUCAAAAAAGCGGAUAAAAUAUUAACGGAUUGUCAACGACGUGUACAUUCUGAGCCCGAUCUCCAUGACGUAUUGUCCAUUUUGACCAAUGUACAAGUACACAUUCUCAAUCCUGUCGAUAUAUUACGUCCAGCUAUGGAUGAAGGUGUUUGUUGCUUUCCGUACGGUGAAUUACUCGAUCAAACUUUCCAUAUUGUGAAGAAAGCAAAAGAAGUGAUGGAAGGUAAACGAGAUAUAAUAAUCAACUGGAAGCCAGUAGCUGAACUGGCAAGGCGUGCGCAAUUACAUUACAAGUUUAAUUUGGCAGCAUUGAUGGAGGAGAAACUGGGAGAAGUGAUCAGAUUAAAGGCCUUGCAAUCCAUUCAGAGAAUAGACAGUUUCAUGAUCGAUUCAACCGUUAAUAAGCUUGAAAAGGCAACCAAUAUGGCACGAGAUGAACUGGAAUGGGAAAUUGAACAAUUAAGGCAUCAAAAUGCUCAAUUGAAAAAGGAUAAUCGUGAAUUGAAAAAAGACUGUAUGAGAUUAGAAGCAAGAGUGGAAAUCAUUGAAAAUAAAUUCAAAACAAUGGCUCGAUUGUUACAUUAA